UUUGUCUUGGGAAUCAAACAAUACCCAAAAAAUAAAACCAAAAAGAAAAAGAAAAAAAGUUAAAAAGCAAAAAAUCCCAAUUUAUAAUAUUCUCAUAAUCCACACCACAGCUAGUGCUAUAAAUAUUCUACUUAUUCUUAUAUAUAAUUUAGAGAGAGAAAAAAAAGAGUAAAAUUUGUUGUCUAUUUGUGUAACAAGAUUUCCUUUCACAUGGCUUGUUCCUCCAACAGUAUUGAUGAAGAGGGAAUUGAGAAGAAAGAGCCAACCCCUUUGGAAAAACAUGUUAUGUUUUUUGAUAUUAACAAAGAUGGUGUCAUUUAUCCAUGGGAAACAUAUAAAGGUUUUCGAAAAAUUGGAAGUGGAGUUCUUCUCUCAACAGUUGCUUCCCUUUUCAUUAAUAUUGGUCUCAGUGGCAAAACUAGACCAGGGAAGUGGCCAUCUCCAUUAUUUCCAAUUGAGGUGAAGAACAUCAAAUUUGCCAAGCAUGGUAGUGAUAGUGAUAUCUAUGAUACUGAAGGAAGUUUAUGAGUUUGUUUCUUUGUAAAAUAUAAUGAAAGGAAAGGAAGUAUUAUCGCUACCUCUCGAGGUAGAGAUAAGGUCGAUGCGUGUACACUUUAUGAGUUUGCUUAUUUGUAAAAUAUAAUGACAGAAAAAGAAGUAUUACCGCUACCUCUCGAGGUAGAGAUAA